AAAAGAUAUUUCCAAAUCUCAGUUUUUCAUUCCAACCAUUUUUCCCCAUAUCAUCUACUGCAGCAUUACAGCUUUAGGUGUUUUCUGUGAUGGCGGAUAUCAGUGGCAAAGCCUUUGAACUUUCGGUAAAGAAAGAAGAACCAACUUUGGUACCUCCUGCAGAAGAAACAGAGAAGGGCCUGUACUACCUCUCAAACCUGGACCAGAACAUUGCAGUCAUCGUUCGUACCAUCUACUGCUUCAAAUCGGAUUUAAAAGGGAAUGAAGAAGCUGUGGAGAUCAUAAAGAGUGCCCUGUCAAAGGUUCUUGUUCACUACUACCCUUUGGCAGGGAGGUUAAAUAUCAGCACAGAGGGGAAGCUGAUAGUGGAUUGCACAGGAGAUGGUGCUGUGUUUGUUGAAGCUGAAGCAAACUGUGAAAUGGAAAAGAUAGGUGACAUAACAAAGCCUGAUCCUUUGACUCUUGGGAAGCUGGUUCAUGAUAUCCCUGGUGCGAAGAACAUACUUGAGAUUCCUCCCUUGGUUGCUCAGGUGACCAAGUUCAGAUGUGGAGGAUUUGUCCUUGGGCUAUGUAUCAACCACUGUAUGUUUGAUGGGAUUGGGGCAAUGGAAUUUGUGAACUCAUGGGGUGAGACUGCUAGAGGCUUGCCACUUAAGGUCCCCCCAUUUCUAGACAGAAGCAUACUUAAAGCCAGAAACCCACCUAAGAUAGAGUUUCCACACAAUGAAUUUGCUGAGAUUGAAGAUAUAUCUGAUAACACCAAACUCUAUGAAGAAGAACUGCUAUAUAGGUCUUUCUUUUUUCACCCUGAGAACAUUGAAAAGCUCAAGAAAAUGGCCAUGGAAGAUGGGGUGCUUGACAAGUGCACUACAUUUCAAGCACUCUCUGCCUUUGUCUGGAGAGCUAGAACUCAGGCCUUAAGAAUGAGACCAGAUCAGAAAACAAAGCUUCUUUUUGCUGUUGAUGGGCGCUCAAGAUUUGAGCCACCAAUACCAGAAGGGUUCUUUGGGAAUGCAAUUGUGUUAACAAAUUCACUGUGUAGUGCAGGGGAGCUAUUGGAGAAGCCAUUGUCAUUUGCUGUUGGGCUAGUUGAUAAGGCAGUUCACAUGGUUACAGAUAGUUAUAUGAGGUCUGCCAUAGACUACUUUGAAGUAACAAGAGCUAGGCCUUCUUUGUCUGAAACUCUUUUGAUCACAACUUGGUCUAAGCUAGCUUUCCACUCUACUGAUUUUGGGUGGGGAGAGCCUGUGCUGUCAGGGCCAGUGGGUUUGCCUGAGAAGGAAGUAAGUUUGUUCCUUUCUCAUGGGAAAAACAGGAAAAGCAUAAAUGUACUUUUGGGUCUGCCAGCUUCUGCUAUGAAGACAUUUGAAGAGUUGAUGCAGAUUUAAAAAAGAAAAGUUGGCCAGGUUAUGGAGGAGAAGCAAUAAUCAUAACCCCAAUUCAAUUUACAAAGUGAAGAAAGAAAGAAAGAAAGAAAUCUUGGGAAUGAAUAAAAGGGUGGUAGAACUUGCAAAGUUUGUUAUGCAUAUGUUUCAUCUAUUUUCUUUGUUUCAUUUUAACGUGUGGUUUUUAUGGUGAGUAUAUUAUACAUAUGUUCAGCAGUUCAUCAA